AUGCAGGAGGUGGUCAAAGUGCUGUGGGGGCUCGCGGCGGGCGUCGGUGCCAUCGACUGCACGUCACCCCAAGAGACAUGGGAUUACAUUCGAUACCUGGACCAAGACAUUGCUGCGGUGAGCCCAUUGCCUCGUGAGGGCCGCGAGCUGUUGUACCAGUUCUGGCAUUCGCUGGGUUCCGACCCCGGCAACCGCGCCGAGAACUCCGCGAAGUGCGCUCCAGGCAUGGCAGCGGUGAUGUUACACUCCUUGCCUUUCAUCGACCGGGACGAAGGCGAAGCGGCUGCUGCAGAGGUCUACCGUCAGGCUGAGCGCUUGGUGAACUCUCUCGAAGGAUGGAGCACGUGGCGUGUGAAUCUGACCUGGCACGAAGCAGCACCGAAGCUUUUGGGCUUGGAGCCUUUGCCAGAUGCCCACCUUUGUGCUUCAGAAGAGCGACCAAGAUUCUACGUCUAUGACACCGGUGACUACGCACGACCACUCUUGAGCUGUGCCUCCGGUAUGGAAGGUUCCGAGGUGAUGCUUCACCGAUUCCUGCUCCGAAGCCGGUGCAGAACCAGAGAUCCAGCCGAUGCAGACUUCUUCUACGUGCCCUUCUAUUCCUUCUGCUUUCAGAACCUGCAUAUCAAGCCCGGCACCGAGACUGAGGAGCUGGACAAACACAACAUAGCUGUUGUCAACUCCCUAGAGCACUUCGAUGUAUACCGAAGAAGGCAGCACAUUUUCCACUUCGCGCACGAGUUCUGGGACUUUCCAUCCUGGGAGUCCUACGUGGCAAGAGCGAAGAUCUUCGUGGUGGAAGCGAACCCAUUGAUCGAUGUGGUGAACUACCGGCACUGUGUUUCGUGCUUCGACGCCUGGAAGGAUGUGGUUGUGCCGGGCCACACAGAUGCUUGGGCCAUGCGAAAGCUUCGUGAAAAAGCGAAGCCAAGCGCAGAACGCCGCUUUCGGUUUUGCUUCCAUGGUGCCAUGCGACACGAUCUCUAUGAGAGGACACAUGCUGAAGGCCGGCCGUUCAACGGUAGCCGAGCCGCAGACACGCGACGACAGAUUCAAGCCUUCGCCGGCGAGUCCGAUGCCAGCAUCGGGCCUCACAUUACGCCGCUUCUGGACAGUGUUUUUGUACUGCUGGGGCCCGUAGAGCAACUUUCGUUGCUGUGGGAAGCGGCAAGCAUUCUGAACUUAGAUGACGUGGCGCGGGCCGUUCACCUGCUGCGAGCGCGCAGCUGGAAGGCUGCAACGCAGCUGACGUUUUAUGAGACCAAAUCAGUAACCUUCGUGCGCGGCUUCCAGGGCUGCAGCCAGACUCCUUCGCGCAAGGCACGGUCGGCCGUGCUGGCGGGUGCGCAACGCUUGACCGUCGCGGUGCUGAAGGAAAAGCUGAGAGAAAAGGGUCUGUCCACGACAGGCCUCAAGCAGGAUUUGGUCGAAAGGCUACAAGAGGCCGAGGCCGAGACGCAACCUGCUGCAGGCUAUGCCAAGCUGACGGUUGCUCAGCUUAAGGCAAAAUGCGUGGAGCUGGACUUGCCAAAAUCAGGGCGCAAAGCCGACCUGGUGGCUCGCUUAGAAGCCAAAGCUGCUUCGCAGGCCAGCCACAGCACAGCUAGCUCCAAGUUUCUGGUGGGAGACAGGGUCAUGGCCUUGUAUGAGGAAGAACAGAAAGAGUACGAGGCUCUUGUCCAGUGCCACAACGGCGAUGAGUCCUACUUGAUCACAUGGAUUGAGGAUGGCUACGAACACAAACAGGAUGCAAGCAACAUGAGGCUUCUCCAGCGCAGGGACAAGCCUUUUCGCUUCUCAGCCGGCGAGAAAGUCGAAGGCUUGUUCCAUGACGAGGACAGGUGGUAUGCCGCUCGCGUUAAGUGUGUCAAUGAUUCUGGCUCCUACACUGUUAUCUGGGACGAAGAUGGUGAGGAAUACGAGCUUGCGGAGAAGGACUUAAAGCCUUCAAUGCUGCCAACUCCGCUGUCAGAUUUGAAGCCUCGCCAAAAGCUCACAGGCACAGUGGCAAGGACAUUCGGUUUCGGAACCUUUGUUGACGUCGGCGCUGAGCGAGACGGUUUGCUGAAGCCUUGGUUUACCUUCAAGGGUGAAGAUCCCAGCUUCAAGCAGGGAGACAAAGUCAAGGCACUCUAUGAGGAAGAGGAGGAGUACUACGCAGCGACAGUUCAGAAGGACAACGGCGACGGUACUGUCGACAUAGUGUGGGAGGAGGACGAUUGCGAGUACACGGCCGAGAAGUCGAAGAUGGAGUUAGUUCGCCUCGCAGAGCUGGAGGAAGGAAGCAAGGUCACGGUGUAUGUUGAGUCUGUGAAAACAGACAAGGAUGGCCAGCAGAAGCUGUGGCUAGCCUUGGUCAAGGACAAAAUCGGUACUCAGGGCCCAAAGCCGGCGGUCGACCUCUCGGGCUUCACAGACCUCUCCACGGAUCUCUGGCUGAGGGGAACCGUUACGAAGAUUUUGAAUUUCGGCGCUUUUGUUCGAGUCGAGCCUCCGACUGGAGAAGCAGCUCAAGGUCUGGUCCAUGUGAACGAAGUCCGGGAUGGUUUCAUCAAAAAUCUCGAGGAAGAGCUUUCCGUGGAUGAAGAAGUGCAGGUUCGCGUGAAGUAUGUUGAUCCAAGCGAAGGGGUGCUGCAGCUCUCUAUGAUUGGCAGCUGA